AUGCGCGACACGCUCGUCGCGACGGUGCAGGCGCAGCUGCCGCCGCACUUCCAGGAUGCACAGCAUUCCGUUGCAAAUCACCGAAAAAACUGUGUAUCUCUGUUUAGAUUGCACUCGCAGUGCGCUCAAGUUACGGAGUCGACGCCCCGCGGAACACGCUUGGUCGGCGAGAAAGUGUUCAAUGAGUGCUUCUUCGACUGCUUGCAUCGCAUUUUGCCCCUCAAGAAGGGGUUUAAAGGAGCAGAUCGUAUAAGCAGAUUUGUGGCGACAUAUGCGGCAUAUGCAGUUGAGCAGCUCUCGAACCCUGGCACGGAUGCCCCGAACGACCACGAGGACGACACUCCCGCCACGCGUUUCGUCGCGAUCCUCCUCAAGCACCUCCUCAAGGGCUUUCAAUCCAAAGAUAAAAACGUAAGAUUGAGAUGCUGCACAUGUGUGGCACUGCUGAUCAACUCGAUGGACAGUGUGGACGACGACUUGUACGAGACGCUAGUCAGUCUGCUCAUGCAGCGCCUCGUGGACAAGGAGUCGGCUGUGCGUGUUCAGGCGGUGAUUGCAUUGGCACGCUUGCAAUGCAGUGAAGCAGGCACAGAUGAGCGCACCAUGCGUCUGUUGCUUCACUUGCUGCGCCACGAUACCAGCGCCGAUGUCCGUCGCGCCGCCCUGUUCAACAUUCCUCCUACUACCGCGACUUUGCCGUAUCUGCUGGAGCGCCUCCUUGAUGUGGACGCGACCAACCGCCGAUGCGUGUAUCUUGUGUCGCUCAAAUCUCUCCUGGAUUCCCAGCCAACAGUCGAGCUGGAGAGUGGCCUCGUCAUCAAGGAGUCGCUCGGCCUAGGAGAGGUGUCCCUCUCGGAAGUGGUGCGGAUUGGCUUGCAUGAGCGAGAGCCGACUGUGCAAAAAGCUGCACGAAAACUCGUCACGUACUGGCUUGAGGCGGCCGGCGGAAACAUUCUGACACUCCUGUCAAUGCUGCAUGUGAUGCGCUCACCCGACGGCGAGCCCGUGGUACUUGCCCUACUGGAGGAUCUCCCCGACGUGCGAGCGAGUGUGUCACGCCUGUUAGCCGAUCAUCAUACCUACUGGGCCGAUAUCACGCCAGGCAAGGCCCUUCUCGCGCGAUGUUUCGUCCUCUAUGCGACGACGCACCACAUGGAGCGCGAACUGGAGACAUGCGUGCCUGUCGUUACCGCUCUCGUAUACCGCAUCCAGGCUGAAUAUCAUGCCCUUAACGCGCUCCUCGAGCAGCAGGCGGCUGAGGAAAUGGAAGAAGAUAUGCCUGCACUGCAGGACGACCGUGCGCUUGCGCAUGUGUUUGUCGUGGGCGAGUUGUUGGCCAUCGCCAUGUACUGCGACUACGGCGACGAGCUCGGGCGCCGGAACAUGUUCAUGCUGGUGCGCGAUAUGCUGAGCAACGCAUGGCUGCCGGCUCAGCUGGUCUCUCGCUGCCUUGAUGUCCUGCUGCGUCUGGCUAGCGGGCAGCGCGAUUUCCUGCAAAUUGUCGUGGAGCUGGUGCAGGCCCUUGAUGCAGAGCUCGAUGAAGCAGAUAAGGAUGAGGAUGGCGAUCUGUCCGUGCGUCAGUCGCUUUCGUGGCAUCGGCGAGUGGACAAGGACGCCUCGCCGGCACAGGCGGCGGACCUGGCAGCCCUAGACGCUCGCCGCUUGCUGAUUGUGCGAGCCAUGCUCGAACGCAUGACAGGCACACUGCAGGAUGAGACGACGCUUGAGGGCCUGAUCCAAGAGCUGAUCGUGCCGACCGUGCAGAGCAAGGAUGCGGCACUUCGCGAGCAGGGGCUCAUUUGUCUGGGUCUGUGCUCCCUGCUCGACAAAAAGACGGCGCUGAUCACAUUCCCCUUGCUACUCAACCAAAUUCAGCGGGCGAACGGCACCAUCCAAGCGCGGUGUGUCGAGAGCCUCUUUGACCUGACUGUGGUGCACGGUAUGGAUGCACUUUGCACCCAAAGCGCCAGCGUCGCGGCCCGCAACGAGUUCGAUGGCGACGAGGAAAAAGGGCUACAGUAUGCUCGGCAGCAACUGCUCGGUUUCCUCUUGAGUCUCUUGGAGCACGAGGAGCCAGAGAUUCAAGCCAUUGCUAGCGAAGGUCUAGCCAAGCUGCUGCUAACUGGCGUGCUCAGCGAAGACGACGUGCUCAAGAGCCUUAUUCUCACGUACAUGAGCCCUGAUACCGCGGCCAACCAGCCACUGCGGCAGUGCUUAAGCUACUUUUUGCCGCUCUUUUGCAGCUCACACGCGCGCCACCAGCGCAUGAUCCAGCACGUAUUUAUGGAUGUGUUUGAUAUUCUGGCCCACUUGUACGACGACCCAGAGGCACGCACACACAUGAUCUCGCCCGCCCAGCUCGCCGCCCAGCUAGCAGAAUGGAGCCAUCCAGAUCGCUCCAUGCUGACGGACCCCGACGUGUAUGUACAUGUGGACAUGGCCGUGGAUGCGAUGAAGCACGCUCUUCAGACGCCCAGCCGCGACCAGCGCAAGGCCCUAGCACAGAUGCUCGGCAAACUGGCAUGGCCUGCUGCCCUCGACGCGGCUCGCGCCACGUCCUUAUUCCUUCUCGGGCGUGAGUGGCAGCGGCGGGCCGAUGAUGCUACCACCCGCAAUGCACUCUUGAAAUAUGAGCAGGCUCUGUUGAAGCGAUACAACGUGCCUGAGCAGGGUCCGGACAACGAGGUAAUGUCAUCGCUAGAAGCGCUGUUCCGCGCGUUGCCCCCGCCGGAUACAGCGAGGCCACGCGCACGCUCUCGAAGCUCGCGGACCCCGAGUGUGGCCACGGAGCGGGAUGCGUCUCCCUCGGACGUUGACUUGGACGAUGCGACUACGUCCGAGGAGGAGGUGGUCAGCGAGCCAAGGCGGCGUCAGAGACCACUACCAUCGCACGACGAAGUGGACGAAGACGAAGACGAGCUGGGACUCUAG